AUGGCGCUCACCAAGAUUCUGUCCUCCGGCCUCCUGUUCGCCUCCCUCGCCUCUUCCAAAUGGAUUGUUCCAGGAGCGAGAUGGCGUGACACUGAGGGCAACCUCGUGAAUGCCCAUGCCGGCGGCGUCACCAUUGAAAAGGACACGGGCAAGUUCUUCUGGUUCGGCGAGUACAAGCUCCAAGGCCAGGAGGAGGGCGGCGGUGUUUCCGUCUACAGCUCCGAUGACUUGGCCACCUGGGAGUACCACGGCCUGGCCCUCGAGCCCAUCGAAGGCCACCCGUACAUCUCAACCGAUAUGAUCAUCCAGCGCCCUAAGGUGGCUUACUCCGAGCCCACCGGCGAGUACCACAUGUGGUGGCAUGCCGACAACUCAACUUAUGGUCUCCUUCUCCAGGGUCUGGCCACUUCCCCCAACAUUACGGGACCCUACACCUUUGUCGACGCUACGGCGCCCCUAGGCAACUGGUCCCAGGACUUCGGUCUUUUCACCGAUUACAAGGACGGCCGCUCCUACGCGCUCUACUCCAACGGAGACCGCCGCGAGGGCCGCGACGUCUACAUCAGCGCCUUUAACGAGGAGUUCACCAACGUCACUGAAGUUGUCCACCGCUUCGACAAGUACGACCUUGAGGCUCCCAACAUUGUCCAGACGGAAUCGAGCUACUACGCCCUCAUGUCCCACAAGACGGGCUACCGUCCCAACAACGUCGUCGCCUUCAGAGCUGACUCCCUCUCUGGCCCCUGGUCCCAGCCCUUCUUCAUCUCUGACGCCUACACCCGCACCUACAACUCCCAGUCCGGCAACAACCUCAAGAUCAACGGUACCGAGAAGACUACCUACCUCUACCUCGGUGACCAGUGGGACUCCAACUCCCUCUGGGAGAGCCGCUACAUCUGGCUGCCUCUCAACAUCGAUGACGAGAAGAAGUCCAUCCACGUCGAGUGGCACGACAUCUACGACCUCGAUGUGAAGACCGGUGCUGUCACCCCCAUUGAGGGAAAGACUUACAGCGCCCACGAGUUCGCCACCACCACCGGCAACGCCUUCAAGCAGGAGGCUAACUUCGCUACCGGCGGCACCAUUGUCACCGGCAUCUACGGCAACGACAGCAAGGUCAUCUUCGAGGGUAUCGAGGGCACUGGCGAGCCCCAGUGGGUCUCCUUCUACUACCAGAACACCGACGACAUGGGUUUCGGCGACCAGCCCGGCGGUACCCCUGACCGCAUCGGCGGAAAGUGGCAGCUGCGCCGCAUCGCUAGCGUCAUCGUCAACGGCAAUGAGCAGCAGGUUGAGUCCCUGUACCAACGUGACACCCACAAGGGUAUCAUUCUGUCUACGCCUCUGAACCUGACCCUUGCCGAGGGCUCCAACAACACCAUCGCCAUCGGUGGUCUGUGGAACGACUUCGACUUCAAGGGUGCUGACAUUGACCGCAUCGUGGUGUACCCUCCCGAGCCGAAGGGACCCGUCAAGUGCAGAAAAUAA